AUGGUCGACCGUAGCUUUGUUUUGGUUGUCCCAAAUUUUGUCGUGGCUUUCGCGUUAGCCUUGGCCUCCGUUGGUCCCAUUCGAUCUCGCCUGAUCAGCAAGGCCAAGUUUGAUCUCUUCAUCGGUCCACUCAAUACCGUUGUUCAGCUAUUCUUCGCGCUGAGCCUGAUGGCGUUGGUCAGUCCGAAUGUAUCCCAGAAGACCGAGACAACCAUUGUCGAACGUGCGGCCCUCUUCGUCCAAAGCACAUUGCAGGUUGGUCGUUUGAUCUACCUCAUAGUGGAAUGCUGUGUCACGAAGCUUUGGAUUAGAGCGCUGGUGUGGGUGUCCUGGCUCACUGUCAGCGUCGGAACUUUUGUUCUCUCGGUCGUCUUUCCUCUCCGGUCAAUUGAAUUAUGGGGAUCCAUCUCCUUCUCAGCCUGCAUUGCUGUCAACGGCCUGGUCACGAUAUGGUUGGUUAUGCGAGUGUUGUGGAAAAUCCAGAAAAGGACUCCAAAAACUUGGAAUCCGCUACGCCAGGCCAUCCCGAGCCAGAACCUCGUCUACUUCGAAAUCCUCCGCUCUGUUGUCGAUAUUGUGUUCGCCGUCGUCCCAGCACGCGAGCUGUGGUCAUACAACGAUUGGGUGCCCUACUACGCCUUGCAGAUCCUUAUCUCGACCAUCCUGAGGGCCUUGGGUACUGUCCCCCAACUUCUACGCUUCUGGCUAGGUGUCAAAGCGGUGCCCAAUCCUUCAUCCGGCGAAAGAGGCGCGAUCAGAGAUCAGCGGGCCACAGGAAAGGAAAGUGGAUGUGAGCUGGGCACCGGCACCGGUCUGAAGACCAAAAGCACGGCAGCGGACAAAGUUCCGCUAAAGCAGGCCAUCAGUUUGCAAAUGCUGCCUAGGAAGAGUGAAAUGGACAUCACGAACGUCUCGACCAGUCCGGCACAGUCAGGGUUUCCAUCCGAAGUUCAUCGUGAGAUAUAA